GAGGCGAAGCGCCGGUCGGCAGACACCCCGGCACGAGAUGAGCAGAAGGAGGACAUCGUCCUCGGCGUGAUCUUCAAGGAGGGGGCCGCACGCGCGCAACAGCGCACGAGCGCGUAAUCUCACCAACACACGAACGUCUCGUAUCCUCUGCUCGCGACAGGAAAAGAGUAGCGGCGGGGGGGGGGUUGUUUUGAAAAUCUGCCAGGCGGCGUGGCGGCGCCACGUCAUGUUGCCGGCCCACGGGAGACACGGAGGAGUACGAGGGAGGAAGACGACGAGGACGAGGAGGACGAGGAGGAGGUGUCCACCUUGCAUCGUCGCCGCCGUAGCCGCCGCUCUCCGUUCUUCUCCGGCGACGCGCGCGUGAGGCCGUGGCGCGGUGCCACGCUGACGCAGAGUCCCGAUACAGCAUGCGGCAUGCCGCCCUUGAGCAGGAGCGUGCUCCUAUGCAGCCUGCUGGCGUGCGUGGCCACCACGACCACCGCGCGGGGUGGACACGCGGUCACCGCGGCAGAAGCCACCGCGACAACGGCAGCAGUACGGGGCCAGACGGAGGCCAUAGCAUCGGCAGGAGCAGCUGUACAAGGUCGCAUUGGAGCCACAGCAGAAGCAGCGGUAGCGACAGCAGAUGCACCACAGGGUCUGAUAGAUGCUACUUUAGCGCCAGCCGAAGUAGUAGCAGAAGCAGCAACAGCAGCAGUAGCAGCAGCAACAGCACAAGGUCAGACAGAGGCCACGUCAGUGCUCACUACUGUCAACACUCUCUCCUCUCCGAUUGGUCCAGGCGCGGCCCAACAGAUUACUAAGAAAAUUGCGCCUUCGUCAGAACAAAGAGAGGCUUCCACACCGACGACUUUUACGACCGGAGCAACGAUCACCGAAGUGACUGUGCUGGGGAAAAGUCAAACGAGCGAGGCCUCCGGUACGCGGCAACGCAGCAAGCCCGCUGACGUUUCACAAACGGACGCGAGCGGUUCUUCGAAUGACGCUUCCACCCUCGCAAGCGACCCGGGUGAUCUUGUCGGUGCCGCAUCGAGCGCAACUGGAUCAGCGGGGUCGCCGUUGCUGCCGCAUUCAACUCCGAGGGAAAUUUCCAACGGUACCCCCACGUCUGCAACCGAUGUGUCCGCUCCGCCGCCUUUGACCGAGAGCAACGCGACCGUUUCCGCCGCCGCCACUCCUAGCGCGGCCGCUUUGCCCCGUUCACCUGCAGCCAGUACGCGCGCCUCUGAGAGGGCUCGUCUCUCCGCGUCGUACUCUCCGACCGAAACCGUGGAUACUGUGAGAGGCCGAAAGAUCGCUUUCGGUCGGAAUCCGACUCGACAUUCAGAGGGUGAGCAGAGCCCCGCCGUGACCAUCGCCACGCUGCCCAGGGACGCGCAACCGCCAACGGCUUUGGGUGGAACGGAGGCCACGAGUCGCGGUGCGUUGUUGGUGUUGCAGAAGAUCACCAGGACACCGGACGGUGGCGGGGGUCACAGAUUGACCGUGACUCCUGCAGCGAUUACGUCCGAAGCAAAUUUGGAAAAAACUGCGAUUCCAGUAAUCACGACUGCGCUGUAUGGAAGCCACUCACACUCGUACAAUAAAACUGCGAUGAUAACAGAAAUGACUGAAACAACAUCUACAGCGUCAAAUGAGAAAGAGCUGUUUGUAACGCACGGGCCUCUUGGCUUACCGACUGGCACGACACGAACACAACAAAGUGGAAAGGAUGUCGACUCAACCAGUGUCGCAACAUCUACAGCAGCUGUAGACACGUGGUGGCAGCAGAAUGUGUCUGUGGACGCCAGAGAUCAUUACACAUCGACACAGCCACAGACUCACAAAGAGACAGACCGGGGGAGCCACGGAAACAUUUCUGCUACUUUAACAACUUCAUCAAGUCACGAAAAGUUCUCCCGACCCACCACGGACAACGCAAGCCUCAUUUGGAGAGUCACGAACGAAGUGCGGGAGACCGCGUCAUCCAAUUCGAGUCGCUCCACGACUGAGUCAACCACGUUGGCUACAACGACGGAAGCAGAUGUGCGCGGUGAAGACAGAGGCACCUCCGUGCCUCCUUUCCACCGUGGGACAGCUGGGAGCACGUGGGGUUAUUUGAGUAGGACGGCUGCCACCGAUUCCACAGCCAAGAGCGUGAAUCCCUCACAAGCUGCUUCCACGUUGGCGACACACGAGACCUCUCCCGGCCAAGUUUUUCCCAGUUCGGCAUCAACGCAGAUUAUUGUCACCAAUACCGCUUCGAGUGACGCCACCAGAACCGCGCCCACGAUUGGGACAACAGCGGGACCCACAAACCACACCGGGAGAUGGAGCAACUUCGACGGCUACGUCUUCUCAACAUGUCAGCAGCGAGCCCAGUAACAGUUCUGGGUCGAGUGAAACGACUGCGGUAACAAAUUCGACUGUCGCAGCCACGCGUGCGCCACCCACAAACAACGCAACUG